UUUAAGGAAAGUGGUGCAGAUUGUGUGAAGUUCCAGAAGACAACUCUGCAUGAGAAGUUCAAUUCUGCAGCCCUUGAACGGCCGUACAUUGGACCCAAUUCAUGGGGUAGUACAUAUGGAGAACAUAAGCAACAUCUUGAGUUCUCAGACUCUCAGUUCAAAGAACUUAAAGAAUUCGCAUUUCAAAUUGGAAUCAUCUUCAGUGCUUCAGCUAUGGACAUGGUGUCAGUCGAUGUCCUGUGUUCAUUGCCAGUAUCAUUUUUGAAGAUUGGUUCUGGUGAUGCAAAUAACUUCCCAUUAUUGCAGCAUGCAGCCUCGAAGAAACUGCCAAUGGUUGUAUCUACAGGGAUGCAGAACAUGGAAACAGUGCAUUCUGUUUACAAGUUAUUAAUGGCUGCCAAAUCUCAAUUCUGCUUGCUGCAUUGUGUGUCUGCAUACCCUACCCCUCCAUGUGAUGUUAACCUCCGUGUAAUACAGAUGUUCAAACAAGAAUUUCCUGAUAUUCCUAUUGGAUAUUCUGGUCAUGAGCUGGGUACUGAUAUAUCAGUUGCUGCAGUGGCAUUGGGAGCACAGGUGCUGGAGAGACACAUCACUUUAGACAAAUGUUGGAAGGGCAGUGAUCAUGUCUGUUCCUUAACCCCAACUGAGUUCCGCAACCUUGUGGAUCAGGUCCGCAAUGUUGAAGCUGCACUAGGAAAUCCUGUAAAGAAGUUUCAGCCCAGUGAGAUGGCGUGUUAUAACAAACUUGGGAAAACUCUCGUGGCAGCUCACAAUCUAUCUGCAGGAGACCACAUUACAGCAGACAGUGUAAAGGUGAAGGUGGCAGAACCCAAGGGUUAUCCAGCUGAGAAGUAUGGAGACAUUCUUGGAAAGGAACUAGUGAGGGAUAUUCAAGAAGAUGAGAGUAUAAUGUUUAUUGAUGUAAUAUGAACAAGUGGAGCUGAAGGAUCUCCACUGUUAGAAGCCAUAACCAGGGAAUGACUGGUGAAGACAAAGCAGGCUGGAAGAGGCUUAGUGAGCGCUGUGCAGAUUUGCGGUGGUACUGUAAUUACUUGUAUUUCCAAGUCAUGUGUAUAAGUGGUCAGUAUAUCCAUUCACCAAUCCAAAUUCCAUCUCUAGUGUCACAUAAUACAUGAAAAUAUUGUCCCAAGAUAGUGACUGCACACAAUGGUUCAAGCUGCAAACUGAGGCAGGUUUUCUCUGAGUACUUCAGUUUCCCCUGCCAACCUUCAUUCUGCCAAUUGCUCCACAAUCAUCUG